AUGAGGAGACUGUUUAACGAGUAUUUUCGUUACAAAAGUGAGCAGAAUGAGCAGAUUCCAAAGCUGGGACAGCAUGAUAUGCUUCACUGUGCAGUGAAUGUGGAAGCUGUGUUAUCAUCAUAUCAGAAAGCUGUGAACCAUAAUGAUGUAGUCCACUGCGUGGGAUUAUAUAUUUCGUUAUGCAUUAUUUCACAUAAUAAAAGAAAUGGAAUCGACAUAUGUGAAUGGUGCGAAACAUGCAUCUUUACAAUAAAGUAUUUAUUUUUUGUUGGAUUUUUCAUUGCAAAAAGCUCUACCUCUCUUUUAUCUUACCUCGAGAGGAUUUAUCACGAAGGAAAUGAUGGACCAAGACACAUUUUUCUCUGCACCAUUAAAUACUUGGAAAAGCAUAAUGCCGAAGCGCGAUCGCACUAUAUUAUUAACUCUACGGGACUUAGGCAGAUUAUUAAGCUGAGGAAAAUGUGUUCUUGCUAUAAAAUAGUCAUUUUCGCACCGGAUAUCUCGAAUAGUCAGGUCAUUUGGAACAAAAGAGUUGCUGAGGAGCUAUCACGAGCAGGACAUGACGUUACGGUCGUACUAGUACAAUCUAUGGAAGACGCCGAAAAAGAUGUGCAGUUCUCUUCAGGAGUUAACGUUUAUCCAUUGAACGCAUCAUCAGGUGUUACCAGGAAAGCAAUGGAGGAAUUUCAACAAAAAAUGGUUUAUGGAGAUCUUCCUUUUUGGAGCAUAGAGGGAAGAAAACACAUGAAUCUGUUCAUGGGAAUGUUGCUGGACAGUUGCAAGUUGACAAUACAGAACAAGCAAUUCAUGGAAUGGCUAAGUAGCCAGAAAUUUGACUUAGCUUUCUCUCACAUGUAUCAUACUUGUCCGGCUGGACUUAUUCAUGCAGCGAAAAUACCCACAUGGAUUUGGUUGAACAGUGGCCAACUCAUGGACAACGUCGCCCAUGUCAUCGGUGUACCAACCUUUCCUAGUUAUGUUCCCCCGCUUAUGAUGGAAAGUAGCGACGAAAUGGACUUCAUUGAAAGGACAAAGAGUUUCAUCGGGCACAAUAUUUACAACCUAGUGUAUCCAUGGAUGGUGCCCAACAAAGAGACCCAAAUGUUCAGGGAUCAUUGGGAUCCAGAAUUCCCAGAUAUAAUGGACCUUUUACGAAAGUGUCCUUUGGUCAUGGUGAACUCCAACGAACUUUACGAGCUUCCCAGACCGACUCUCGCUAAGGUUGUCAAUAUUGGAGGAGUGGGAGUACAAUACAAAGAUGCAAAGCCUUUGCAGGACGAGUUCAAGAAAAUAGCAGACACUGGAAAGGGAAUGGUGAUAAUGUCAUUCGGCUCCGUAGCACAAUCUGAGUUGAUGCCGGAAUACUGGAAAACUGCACUCCUGAAUGCUUUUGCUCGGUUUCCUGAUUAUGAGUUCAUUAUCAGAUACGCCAGCGACGACUUGAAAGAUCGUCUUCCAAAGAACGUCCACGCUUAUCGGUGGCUGCCUCAAGCUGAUCUUCUCCUCCACCCUAGUACGAAAGCUUUUAUUUCUCAUGGAGGCUACAACAGCCUUCAGGAAUCUAUCAACUCUGGAGUGCCACUGAUUACUGUGGCGUUGUUCGGGGACCAGUUCAAGAACUCAAAAAUUGCAGCCAAACAUGGAUUCGCAGUGAACAUCAAAAAGACAACACUAGACGAAUCAUCGAUUGUCGCAGCUCUCAAAGAAAUUCUCAGUAACGAUAGAUAUUCUAAGAACGUGAAGCGACUUUCAUCGAUGGUGAAGAGGAAACCAGUCAAUUCAACUCACCUGCUCGUGAAAUGGACCGAAUUCCUGGCCGAGUUUCAAACACUCGACAAUCUAGCUCCUGCAGGAAACAAUCUUAACUUUUUUCAGUAUUUCUCCCUGGAUGUAAUAGGAACACUAUUUCUUCUUACUCUCGUAGUUACUUAUCUUAUUUUUAAAUUACUUGCAUCGAUUAUAAGGUGUAUUCUAAGUAGAAGCAGAAAAGAAAAGAAAGAAUAG